AUGACUGAGGAAAAAUCGUUUGGCACCAGUAAUGGAGUGAAUAAGAGUUCGGGUCGUUUUCCCGGAAUUGUUAUUAUUAUCAUUCUGGCCGAAUUUUGUGAACGAUUCUCUUAUUCGGGAAUGAGAGCUUUUUUAACAUUAUACUUAAGAAGUAAGCUGGGAUAUACAGACGAUGGUGCGACUGAAACAUAUCACGUUUUUAGUACAUUAGUAUAUGUUUUCCCGAUUAUUGGGGGCAUAUUAGCUGAUAAUUACCUUGGAAAAUUCAGGACAAUUUUGUAUAUGAUGUUCGUGUAUGCGGCAGGUAACAUUUUGGUUGCAAUAACUGCAAUACCGCAUUUCGCUCUACCUGGAAGAUUAUGCACUCUGAUCGGUCUGUUCAUGAUAACAGUAGGCACGGGAGGCAUAAAGCCCUGCGUCACCGCUUUUGGAGGAGAUCAGUUCAAAAUACCCGAACAGGAGAGUCAUCUCGCCGCGUAUUUCAGUAUAAUGUAUUUUAAUCUCUGUGUGGGGAGUCUCAUUGCGAAGACCGUGUCGCCCAUCAUGAGAUCCGAGGUACAUUGUUUCGGAGAGAAAGAUUGUUAUUCGUUGGCUUUUGGUGCUCCCGGACUUGUUGUGCUUAUGUCUAUAGUUAUAUUCGUCAGUGCAAAAAAUAAAUACAUCAUAAAGAAACCCGAAGGCAAUGUUGUUAUCGAUUUCGUCAAAUGUGUAUCUUUAGGUGUCAAAAACGCAGUAUUAAAACGUAACAGAAGCAAUAAGCAUACGCAUUGGCUGGAUACGACGCAGAAUCGUUACGACAAGCGCUUCAUCAGGGACAUCAAGAAGACGCUGUCAAUAGUAAUGCUGUUCACGGUACUACCAGUUUUCUGGUCUUUAUUGGAUCAACUGGGCUCACGAUGGACAUUACAAGCAACGAAAAUGGACGGAAGGUUCGGUUUCGUUACAAUCAAGCCGGACCAAAUGCAGGUCCUCGUUCCGGUUUGGAUAUUGAUAUUAAUACCCGUAUCGCAGAAGUUUGUGUAUCCGUAUUUGGAGAAACGCAAUAUACUAAAAAAUCCACUGAACAAGUUAACGCUCGGCGGAGUCUUGGCCGGAGUGGCUUUUAUAGCUUCAGCUCUCCUUGAAAUAUAUCUGAAGACGACGUACCCGGUCCUUCCGCAACCGGGCUAUUCGCAGCUGCGGGUAUUCAACAGUAACCCGUGCUCUGUAUCAUUACAAAGCGACGAACAGAAUAUCACCUACACGAUCCCGGCUCUGGCCAGCGUUACGAGAACCGUACGGUUCAACGAACGGUUCGAUUUGAAAUUGGGCGGUAGUUGCAUAGAACCGAGAGAUGAAGUGAUCCAAUUGAAAGAUGGCGCUGCCGUAUCGUUGUUUUUGGCUAAUGAUGAAGUCUUAAGCUACGAAGAUAAGUUGGAGAAGAGUAAAUCUGGUUUUCCAUUUGUGAGGUUUCUUACACCUAAUUUUAUUGACACGAACCUAACAUUAUAUAACGAAAGGCAAAAUGACAUUGAGGCGUCCAUACGUCCGGGAGUAUCGGAACAAAUCGAAGUAUUCACAUCGACUUACUCGGUGAUAGUAGAUAAUCAAGUGAUCGGCAGUAAUAUCGAUUUUGGUAGCGGUGGAGUUUACACUGUGAUCAUUGGAUACACUAAAACUGGGUUUGAAUUACAAGUGGUCACAAUAACACAGCCGAAUUCAAUAACUAUGGCACUGUUGAUACCGCAGUUCUUUAUAAUGGCAGUUGCAGAGGUACUGUUUGCUGUAACGGGCAGCGAGUUCGCCUUCAAAGAGGCCCCGGAGAGCAUGAAGGCCGUUAUGACGUCAGUGUGGUUGCUUACGGAGGCGAUAGGGAAUAUUAUCAUUAUCGUCAUCACGAGACUCUUUGCUGAUUACAAUCAGGAAACUCAGUUUUUGAUAUACACAGGACUAAUGUUUACGUCUAUAGCGGUGUUCCAUUAUCUAUCCAAAGGAUACAAGUUUGGUUACGAAGAUGAUGAAUUCGAACCUAGAAAGUGCAGGAGUAACAGCGAAGUUUUGUAUAUGCAAGUGAAACAAGUUGAAGAUAGUUUAGAACAUUGA